CUCAAGAGAAACACCAUGGCGGGCGAAUCUUCAAAGCGGAUGAAGAUAGAGUGCGGCGGUUCCGGGAAUCCACUGCCACCGCAGCCAGUUCCGUCGCCACCAGGUCCUCCGGUGCCCUUGCCGGUUCUGCCGCAGCCAGUUGAACUUGACGCCAUUCAACUUGACGCCAUUCCUAACGAUCUCCCACGUUUUGGUGUUGUGUGCGUAUGUCCUACUGCAUACAGGUUCAUACUUGACAGAAAUGACUAUGCUUAUCGAUUCUCGUGUGAGGAUUGCGAGAGGUAUUACUUAUUCAAAGCCUUUGCUUCUCUGGAGAAGAUUCAGCCGCAACCCAAGCCCCAGCUGGAGCUCCCACCACAACUUCCAAUAAUACAGGCACUAACCUCUUUUUUUUUUUUUGGUUCAAUCGACUGACAUAGCCAUUUUCUUGUUUAGAUUGUGAACUGUGAAUGUGCGACCUUCCAUAAUAUCAGUGUUUCCAGCAACAAUGUCUUUUUGAAUGUCCAAUGUAUGAUUUGUCAAGGAGAAGUCAACUUUCAUAUACUAGAGCAGUAUCCGGACUCUGUCUCCAAAGCCCUCACUGCCGCGGAGACCAUUCCAUAUAAAGAUUUACCGGACGUUGCGUGUGUUCAUGAGCUACUCUUUACAUGUCAUUGCUCAAAACGUCACAUUAUCAAAUCAUCGUCAGGGGAUCUCCGUUUUUCAUUUGCCUGCCUCCAAUGCAAGUGGAAGUACCUCUUUGUCCUUGCGGGCACAUACCAGCUGCUGGACCAGAAUUUCUACCAGAAUUUCUUCCGUUAUAGGAAGGAGGAUGAACCAAAUUGCAGAGAUAGUACUCUCCAGAAGGAAAGAUCUGUAAGUCACAACUUUGUGUUGGUUUGCUUUUAUUGUGGACAUUACCUUUAUGUGUUUUUUCAGUUUGCUUUCGCCCGUGGAUAGUUUUUGCUGAAGAAGAUCAAAGUGAAUUUUUUUUGGAUACAUGUAUAGUGGGAGGUUUAGUAAGCCCACUGUUUUUAAUAAUGUGGGCAAUGGCCAGAGAGUGAAUGGGCAAUUUUAAAAUUCUUGGAAGCAUGUUUGUAAUUAAUGAAUUGACUUUUAUUAGUGAAUGAUCGUUGAUAAAAUUCUGGGAAGCAUGCAAACAUUAUA